UUUAUGGUGUAUCGACCUGCAACCCAUACCUUGUUCUCGGUGGCAGGGAUAGGUGUGAGCAGGAUAUUUUCUAUCACACGUCCUGCGCAGGUCGAUCAGUCAAGUGUAGUGUUACUGGCUUCAAACGUGGAAGCACUAUAGAAAUCCGUACACACCUUCCGGGGACAGGUGGCGUCACGCCGUUCCGUUGUUUUGUACGCAACCAUAUAUUUCCAAGUUAACGAGGGAAACGAGUCGCGAAAAAAAGUUGCUAACAGUGCAGAACAUAGAAUUUAAACAAUAACGCUCAUUGAAAUAGUGACCCCGAAAGAAAUCGCUAGAACAGCGUGUCGAGCAACCACCGGAAGGUUAAGUAAUUAUACUGGUGUACAUGAGUAGCAGCAGCACAGUUGAAGCUACUUACAAUAAAUAAGCCACCGGCUAACCACGGAGCUGAGCGAUACAGAAAUUUGUAGUGAUUGGUGUGUGAUAGUCACUUUCGAAAUGGAAUCGUUGUUGCCGCAAAAGUGAUUUUCUGCACCCAUGAACAUUGUUUUCACUAAUGCUGACACAUGUGAAUUGAUGUUUAUUCGAUAAGAAUAGGACUUACGGAUUGAAUUCAAUACAAAAGUGCAGACUGAAGUUGAGUUAUAGCUGCUUGAUUGAUUAUUGAAAGAUGCUACCAAACGAGAAUUAUAAUAAUAACAUCAGCCAAGAAGAAUUUACUACCACAUUUGAGGGCAACGACAAAAAUCCAAUAACAUGCGCCACUUCAUCGAAAACUGUAUUCAGUCAGAGAUUGAGUGGAAAUUGCGAAUGCUGUACCAAACACCCGUGUCAACUAGGUAAUGGUUCGUGUUCUGAGGUUAACCGAAGCAACAGUCCAGCGGAACUAGUUUGCAGCAAACAGGACGCCUCGUACUACAAGCAACGACAGUUGCUUAGUUACGAUGACGCACCAAAACACCUGCAAUUCAACCCAUUCAUUCGAAAGGGCUACCGAACAAUUUUGUCCACCAAACUCUGCCUCGAGAGUAUUUUCUGGUGGACUAACGAAACCAUCAACAUAUGGAGCCAUGUUUUUGGUUUGUUCCUGUUCAUCGGACUGGCCUACUCGGAUAUAGUACUGCUGGAGAUGCAUGCGAGUAUGGUUGAUAAAUUAAUCGUCGGUUCCCUGCUUGUUUGCUUCCAGGUAUGCAUGAUACUGUCUUCCAUAUAUCAUACUUUCUCCUGUAAAUCGGAGUCAAGCUAUGAAUGUUUCCUGGCAUACGAUCUGUUCGGUAUUGCGCUUUCGUUGCUGGCCAUCUUUAUCAGUGGCAUUUAUUACGCCUUCUGGUGCAACGAGGAACUACGCAACUUUUACAUUAUUACGAUCGGUGUAAUAUUUACGCUGGCAAUGGUUCUACAAAUCCCCCGACUGAAAAUAAACUCCAACGUCAAAAUGAUGGCCUUCGUUGCGUGGGCGGCAUACGGCGUGGUUCCAACACUUCAUUGGUACAUCGUAAUGGGUGGUGCAGAAAGUACCAUGGUCAAGCUCUUCAUUCCACGCGUGAUGAUGAUGUACCUGUUGACAGGUACGGCCUUCUUGAUCUACGUCACAAGGAUUCCGGAACGAUGGUUCGUUGGUAAAGUAGACUAUAUUGGCCAUUCACACAACUGGUGGCACAUAUUCGUGCUAGCAGCUCUCUAUUACUGGCACAAUAGUGGUUUGGCCUUUGCAUUUUUCAUGAUUGAUAACGGAUGUGUGGAAGAUAGAGAUAAAUGUUACCGUUUGUAACUAAGUCAUAACGAAGCGUAUACGAUAAUUUACCCUAUUUUCAUGAUACAUUGCAAACCCAAUUAAUCAAACAAUAGGAGCGAUUAUCAUUUAAAUUCGGGUACUGAUAAGAUUGCAUGAUUUUCGUUUCGGUGUUUGUUCGGGUUGUGGAAGUAUUACAGGACAAUAAUAUUGUAACAUUUGUUAUAUGGUAAAGGGUGAUUUUUUAAGAGCUUGAGAACUUUUUUAAACAAUAAAACGCAUAAAAUUUGCAAAAUCUCAUCGGUUCUUUAUUUUAAACGUUAGAUUGGUACAUGACAUUUACUUUUUGAAGAUAAUUUCAUUUAAAUGUUGACCGCGGCUGCGUCUUAGGUGGUCCAUUCGGAAAAUCCGCUUUUUUAUCGACAAAUUUUGUUCAGCGAUGAGGCUCAUUUCUGGUUGAAUGGCUACGUAAAUAAGCAAAAUUGCCGCAUUUGGAGUGAAGAGCAACCAGAAGCCGUUCAAGAACUGCCCAUGCAUCCCGAAAAAUGCAGUGUUUGGUGUGGUUUGUACGCUGGUGGAAUCAUUGGACCGUAUUUUUUCAAAGAUGCUGUUGGACGCAACGUUACAGUGAAUGGCGAUCGCUAUCGUUCGAUGCUAACAAACUUUUUGUUGCCAAAAAUGGAAGAACUGAACUUGGUAGACAUGUGGUUUCAACAAGAUGGCGCUGCAUGCCACACAGCUCGCGAUUCUAUGGCCAUUUUGAGGGAAAACUUCGGAGAACAAUUCAUCUCAAGAAAUGGACCGGUAAGUUGGCCACCAAGAUCAUGCGAUUUGACGCCUUUAGACUAUUUUUUGUGGGGCUACGUCAAGUCUAAAGUCUACAGAAAUAAGCCAGUAACUAUUCCAGCUUUGGAAGACAACAUUUCCGAAGAAAUUCGGGCUAUUCCGGCCGAAAUGCUCGAAAAAGUUGCCCAAAAUUGGACUUUCCGAAUGGACCACCUAAGACGCAGCCGCGGUCAACAUUUAAAUGAAAUUAUCUUCAAAAAGUAAAUGUCAUGUACCAAUCUAACGUUUAAAAUAAAGAACCGAUGAGAUUUUGCAAAUUUUAUGCGUUUUAUUGUUUAAAAAAGUUCUCAAGCUCUUAAAAAAUCACCCUUUAUAAUUAAAAUAAGAACAUUAUUAAAUGUUUCGAGGGACGAUUUAUUUGGCUUAUACCUUGGGAAUCAUCGGAAAUAAAAUCUAUGGAAAGAAGAUCACAGGUCUUAUUGUAACGAAAAUGUGACGUAAUUGUUAGGAAACUCUUGACACCGUUCUGUCGUAGUGUCCUUAUUUAUUAUUUAGACUGAUUAUAAAUGAAAACUGUGAAAAUUAUCAAAUUUUAACAUUCCACGUACAUUUACCUGCGAACGGUUACAGAUUGUACCAACUAAUCAUAGCGUUGGGUAGCGAUGAUUUUUGUUUGCAACUGAAUUACUUACACUCAUUGAUCACUUGACUUCAACAUCUACGCUCUGUGCUGUCACUGCCUUCGUUUAUAUAACGAAAUUAGAAUAGACAACAUUUACUCCAUUCAAAGUCAUUGUUCUUUAUUCAUUGACGCUUUAACUGCUCACAUUCCGCAAUAGUCGAACUCUCGAAUGAUCCAUACAAAAAACAACCCCUUUUCUAGGUAUGAAAUAUGUUGAAUUCAGAAUGACUCAUGGCUGCUCUGCUGGGGUCCAAUACACCUGACCAGAUGCGAAAGAUACACCAGGUUCGCUACCGUGGACAAGUGAAAGAGACAGAUUACAAAAGGAUCAAGACAAUUGUUCACUUGUCCAGUUUUAGUCAUUAUUAGAUAAUCCGUAGAAUUAUGCAAAUGUUUCAGUAGAAAUUGUUAUCAACACAAUUUUUUGACUACCCUGUUCUAGUUGCAUAGAAUAGUAGAUUGUUGCUCAACUAUUCCAAGCUUACAAUGCCGCACAAACCUAGACAGUUAUGUAGGAAUCGACAAAUAGUUAAAUUUUUAUCAAUUUGCAGUACAACGUGUGAUUUAAGCUGAAUCUCUCUAAUAAUCCCGACAAAAGAGCUCAAUUACAUUCUAGGUAUUCAAUUGCAAGUAAUAUUGAAUUAAUAAAGAAAAACUAUUGUUAAACUUUAAAA